GGGGUGUGCGUCUGAGGCGUGGCGAUUAGCCUGGUUGUUAGCGUCACUGGUUAGUGGAAGCUGUCAAUACCCAAAUAAAACGGGUUAGAAAUUUCAUACAGUAUGGUUUUCGAACUGAUUUAAAGCUGCUAACUCGGAGUAAGUCACCAUCAUUUUACUGGAAGUCAAUUAACAACCUCCUUAUGGUUUUUUCAACGUAACAGAGCCAAACAGUGUAGUCCCUGUAAAGUCUGCUAGUGGGUUGCUGCUUGUUAGCAUACUUGCUAGCGAAGUUCAUAAAGUAACUGAAGAAGAAGACGGCAGCAGAACAGAGGCAAGAGCUGCUCACAGUGACUUAUGCGACUGCUAUUAGUGUCGGGUGAGAGAUGGAGAUGAGAGAGUUAACGGUGAUGGCUGGGAGCUUUGUGGGCUUCCAGCUGCUGUACUCCGUGGUGAGUCCUCUCCUCUCAUCGGUGCUCACCAAAGGCUACGGACGACUCCCACCCACCAAACUCAACGAGUGGAACUCCAGGACGGUGUCCACAGUCCAUGCCCUUAUUGUGGGUCUGUUCUGCCUCUAUAUCCUGCGCUAUGAUGAUGCUGUUAAUGCAGACCCCGUUUGGGGAGACCCCAAUCUGGUCAAACUUAAUGUGGCCAUAACAUGUGGCUACCUACUCUACGACCUUGUGCUGCUGGCCUGUAACUGGAGCACUAUGGGAGACAGCUUUUUCGUCUGCCACCACUUGGCGGCACUCUAUGCAUAUGGCUUUGUCCUGUCUCGUGGUGUGCUGCCAUAUUUUGCCAACUUCCGUCUCAUUUCAGAGCUGUCCACCCCAUUUGUUAAUCAGAGAUGGUUCUACGAGAUUCUCCACUACCCACGCUCCGACAGGCUGGUGGUGGCCAACGGUGUGGCGAUGACUGUGGUGUUCUUCCUGGUGCGCAUCGCCGUCAUGCCCUCCUACUGGGAGAGCGUCUUCGCCACGUUCGGCACACCGGCCUUCGAACGGCUGGGCCUGGCUGCCCAGGUGGCCUGGAUCACCUCCUGCAUCUGCCUGGACGUGCUCAACACCGUCUGGAUGUACAAGAUCACCCGCGGCUGCUACCGCGUGCUGACCGGCGCUCGGAAGAGCAAGGCCAAGGCCAGCAAUGGGGAUGGGGGCAAGCAGGCCCACAUGAACAACCACACAGACUAAAAAACCUGACUAAUAGGGGGGUGAGCGAGUGCUUUGGGCGGACCAGGUCGAACUGGUCCAGAGGAGAGAGAGGUGAUGAAGAGGACCUGCACAAAGUUUUUCUUUGCAUCAAACAGUUCCAGUGAUUAUCAGAGAUUAUCACAGCUGCCCCAUGGAAGCACAUCUCGGACUUCUUGUCGUUGAGUAGUGUUUGACUAGCAUCGAGGUGUCAACGCCAACACCAGCUGGUGUUGAGGGUAGAAAUACACACCAACAGAUGAUAUUUCCUAUGAUCCAGUAGAGGUUUAUUUUGAAUCUUGUUAGAAAGUACAUGUCAUUUUAAAAAAGCACAAAUGUCUUUGUCCCCUUUGAAGCCUGAACUAAAGCCCAGUUCACCAACCCAAGUGCCUGCACUGCACGCAAGACAGAAUUCCCAGCCUUAAUCAUGGUGAUCACCACCACCACCACACAUCUUCCUUCAACACCUGCUCCUCCCUCCACCCGUUCCUUUAUCUAACCGUCAUAACAUCUUUCUGUUUACUCUACCAUCUAAACCAUACUGCAGUUUGGGGACGUCCGUCCACAUAGACAGUCACUCACAUACAUAAACUUACACACACAAACACACACCACUGUGCCUCUUGAUCUGGUAGUCUCCAAACGAACCAGUGCCUGCUGCUGGGUCAGCAGUCAGAGUCAAGCCAAGGAAGAUCACCAGCUCUCCUGAAGCCUUCUAAGGUUCCACCUUUUCCACCUGUCUUUACCUACUUAAAUCCUGAACACACCAGGCGGGUGCGGCCUGACAUGGAUGUUCAGCCUCUCCGUGAUGUGGCUGAAGGCUGGAAUAGGUUCCACAGAGUUGGUCUCGAUCUCUAGAAUUCUCCCCUCAGUUUCCCUAAACACCCAAUCAAAAUCCCAGUUCUUUUUAUUCACACUCAGCAGACAUGAUGAAGUGAUCAAAACAGUGACUCGUCUUAACCCAUGUAACACACUCACCACCAUCCGCGCAAAAGGUUGAAUCCAUCCAUUUCUGAUGCCAACACCGCACUACCUCUGACUCCAUCCCAUCUUACAAAACCAACCAACCAGAACACAAACCUCCGUCACAGUAUUCCAAGCAUUCUCCCAGAGUCCUGUGGUCCUGAGCUCCGAUGCUUUGACUGGCCUCAGAGCAGUCUCAUCUGGACCUCCCUUCCUGCUCUGAAAAGCACAAGCAAGACCAGCUCACCACAUUCUCAGGCUCCUCUGGCCCAUGGUCUCUAGGUGCAUGUACAGUUUCCCUCCGCUGCAGAGGUUCUGCUUCUCAGCGGUAUUUUAAGAGUAUGUGUAUGUGUACUCACGUUUUUUUCGGCGCUUUUGGGCUGUGUGUGUGUGUGUGUGAGAGGGAGUGUGUGUGUGUGUGAGAGGGAGUGUGUGAGAACGAGAGAGAGAGUGUGUUUGUGUGUGUGUGAUUGAUUGUGUGUUUGGAGUCUGUGCCUUUUUUCAGCCACAUGGUGCUUUUCACUUCCAAACUGAGGGGGUGUCCUCCUUACUCUGGUACAAAAUGAUGUCAUGGAUUCCAGGUUGAGCGUGCAACAGGGGGACGCAAGGACCCUGAGGGAGGGAGUGCCGUGUGGUGCCAGCAACUGACUCAUUGGACUCAGCUGGACUCUGAGCUGGCCUUUGCUAAACCUUCACAAUCUAAAUCCAGUCACAAACUACAGUAUGUUUCAGAAAGCACUGAUUUUUUGUUUUUGUUUUGUUUGUUUGUUUAUCCAUGCAGAUGGGUGUGAGUCGAGCAGGGCGUUAGAGGAUGCCUGCUGUGGGAGGGGGCACCUCUAUAGUCCUCUCAGAGGUCCGAAUGUGGCAUUUGAGGUAUGCUGCUGCUCAAGGUUGACAUGUCUCCAUAUGUAUCUCUCUUGUCGUGCACUAUUUGGUUCUCUACUCCAGCCAAGUAUUAUACUGUAUCGAUGCCCCUCACCUGUCAUUUUUGAGCCAGUAUUUUGUUUUCUGUUUCAUAACACAUCAGGUCUAGCUCCAGUGAGUGUUGUAGUUGUUGAUGUAGGGCAUAUGUCUGGUUGUGGGUGGCUAUUAAGAUGACAAAGGUUUGGAAGAUUUUGUUCUUGUUUUCUUUUUGAAGAACAGCUAUAUUGCUGCACCUCUUCUCCCAAGCAUGGUAGUGAUUAAAGCUGUGAACUGAUAUGAGAUGACUAUAAUUUGUAAACAUCUCAGUGAUGGGAUGAGAGAUUUGUAAUUUGUGACUUUCUAUAUUGACAAAGAUUGUUUGUGGUGGUUGUGGUGAGCUGCAUGAUUUUGGAGCUUGCUGUUAAGUCCUGAGCAUUUGGUCUUUGUCUGCGGUACAUUCUCUAAACUGGAUUUGCACAAAUGAGAUGGUUCAUGGUAUGAGCUCCAACAUGGUGUUUUGGAGCUGGUUAGAGAGUAUCUGUCAUGUUAAUAAGGUUGCAUCUUCCCAUUUAUUCUGAGUGAAUAGAGACCUUUUUACAGUUACAUGGAGAAAAAAAAAAACACUAAUUCUCAAACAUUUUACUGGGAUAUUCGGCACUGUAACGAUCGAAGCCCUCCAUUUUAUGUCACCUUGGAUUUUAUUGAGAAAAAAAAGGUUUUGAGGUGAAUGAAAUGGUUGAGGACCUUAUAAUAUAUCUGUACUCUGUGAUGCGAAGUGUUGAGCAAUGAACGAAGACCAUAACAAAUUUAAGAGCACACAUUGCUCAGACGAUCAGAUGAAAUUCAGGUAGGCAAAGUGCUAAUAAGUUUAGCAUUAUGAUAUUUUUGUGUAAAACUGCUCCUUAGCUUUAACACAGGAGUGGUGUAUCAACAAUACAAUUAUUUGUAGAUUUUCUGCAAGCAGAGAACGUCAUUGUAUGUCAUGCAGUCUUAGAUUGCACUGUGCUGUAUCAGUGUUAAAAAUAUAAUGUAAGUCAAAUGAACGGCCCACUUUUUUCAACCGAUCUGUCAGGCCGUCCUAUCAUUCAGACAUCAGUAGAGACUAUUGUAAAGGGCCAGAAGAGUAACUUGCUGUAGUGACUAGGCCUUAAAAGGAGAAUACCAGCAAUAAUAAUAAUAAUUAAUGAUUAGAAUGGUGAAGACAAUGUUGAUGAAGUUGACAACAGAGAUAAACCAAAUGUUGGAAAUCUGUAGCUGAAAUGACCUAGAAGUGCGGAAUCUUCAUUUGUUUUAAUGCAAUGCGGAUGUUCUUUUUUUUUUCUGGCCGUUUUUAAUGUGAAAUGUAUACUCUACACCAGUUUGUUGGUGUCCACUCUCACCACUCUGUGAAAUAGACGUUUGUCUAUGACCACUACUAAUGAUGUAAAGGUAGCGAUCAGAGUUGGAGAUCUACUUGAAAGUGUUGCUGUUCAAUAAAUUGGAGAACAGAGAA